CCAACACAAAACUAUUAUAAACUGUGCCUCUAAAGCACGUGAUGAAACAUUUCUUGAGAGCUAUUUAUUCCAACUGCAGCAGAGGAAAGUUUUCAGAGCACCCGGCAUUUGGGAGAGGAAAGGUCUCCUGAGCUUUGCAAAGGGAGGAAUUAUUUGCAUACCGACGCUUUAGCUGUGGUAGUACAGUUCCAUGCUGAAGAUGGACCAUGCAAACGUGACCUCAGCCAUGCUUAACGCUGAAUCCCGCAACACAGAGAAGAGCAACAGCAACGAGUAUUUCUACAUCCUGAUCGUCAUGUCUUUCUAUGGGAUCUUCCUGAUAGGGAUAAUGCUGGGCUACAUGAAAUCCAAAAGAAAAGAGAAGAAGUCCAAUUUGCUUCUGCUCUACAAAGAUGAGGAGAGAGAAUGGGGGGAAGCUGUGAAGCCUCUACCAACCAUAUCGGGGCUGAAGUCUGUCCAGAUCCCCAUGAUGCUGAACAUGCUACAGGAGAGCAUGGUGCCAUCCCUGUCCUGUGCCAUCUGCUCGAUGGAAGGCAGCAGCGUGAGCUCCGAGUCCUCGUCCCCAGACGUGCACUUCACCAUCCAGGAGGAAGUGCUGGAUGCUGAGCUGGGGGAAGUGUCAGAAACACUCCUCAACGAGAGCAGCGAGGGCUCUGCAGAAAACAUCCACAAGAACUCCUAGCACCUGCCGGGCUCCCUUGCUCAGCAGCUGAAGCAUGAGUGGAGCUCCCACUAAGAACUUGUGGUUCAACUUUCCUGCUCUCCAGUAACUCCACCAGCAUCUGUGCCCUGGGACACGAGGCUUUCCUGAGAGCUAGCAGGACAACGAAGCAGUGGUACCAAGCUCCAAAAUGUAACUUGCACACAACUGGGAUGCUUCAUGUUAUUUUUUCCAUUAUUAUUUCCUACCAUAAGAGCUAAGAACAAGGAGGAUAUAUAUACGUAGAUAUAUAUUUUCUAAUGAGGUAACUAUUCCUGGCAUGUCUCUGCAUAUUUCAGAAUUCUGAAAAUAUCUGGGAAAUGUUUAGAGAAGUUACCCUAGCACAAGAGCCUGGCUGUAAAAGAUGAUGGUGAUGCUCAUUCACACAAAACUGUGAUAGACUAGAAUUAAUUUUACUGUGUUUUUUUUUCCUAUAACAAACUACACCCAACAGCAGAUUUGUUCAAUGAGGCCUCAAAGGCUGAAACUUUGUUGAUGCUGGUGUUGAAGGAAGAUUGAUAGAUGGCUGGAGACUGACUUUAGGCACAGAAAGAAUGAAAGAGGGGAACAAAAAAGCAAAGGAGACCCUGUAUUUCCAGGAGGUUUGUAAAGCCUAGGUUCAGCUCCAUGCCACUACAUCUGUCUUUGCUUAAGUUGUACCUGUGCUGGCUGGUUCAUGUAUGCCAACUUCUGCUGCAACCCACCUAUUGACUCAGCUAAUAGUAGUGUUUUUUUCUUUUGUAUUUUUUAAAGACAUGUACAUUUGAUCACUAAAGGCAAAGAUCUAUAAGUUAAAACAAACAAACAAACAAAAAAAACAAUCAAAAGAUCUUUGUUACAAGGUGCAAGAUCUAGAAAGGCUUGAACAAAUGCUGCUCUUUUACAUCCCUUGAGAAAUGGGUGGAAUUCAGAAUAGAAUUUAACCCAACAGGGGUAAAAUCCUGGCCCCACUGAAGUCACCAGCAAAAUCCUACUGACUUCAGGGGACAGGCACAAGAUUUUGUGCUUCUCUGUUGUAGUCAUAUUCUCCAUCUGAGGUCAGUAAAACUGUACCCAUUUACAUCACUAAAUCAUCUGGCCUUUCUGCUCUAUUUAAGCCAGUGUAGAUAAACAUUGCAUUAUGUCUCUUUUGUUUUUUUCCAUCUCGCAUGUGACACAUGCAUUUCUCUAAAGUCAUUAGUAACUAGCUUUUAAAACUACCACAAACUUCCCCCCCUAAUUUAAUGGUACUGUGGUUUUUCAAAUGCUCAUGAAUUUAGUUACUAAAUUAUUGCACUGUUAAAAGAUGUAAUGUUAAUAUUGUAGCAAUGUAUGGUUAUUUCAAUCAUACCUUAUAUUUUAUAAUAACUUAUUACUAUGUUUGGAUUGGUUCUGAAGCAUGAGGGCUAAAGAGCCUGAAUCUACAGUGUUGCACAGCAGAAAUGCUUGCAAAAUGUCUCCAGAUAUUUCCUGUGUUAAAAUAGCUCUGUGAUUUAUCCACUGGCAUUAGAGCUUGAGAGACAGCUUGAAAAAUGAGUGCUGAAGAGCAGGAACAAGCUGAGGCGAGAGUCUGCUGUCUGCCUGCCGUUUCGUUUCGGAGGGAGAAAGGUGCUUGGCUGGAAGGGCUGAUGCGAUGUGAUGCAGCCUGCGGAGGUGCCCCCAGGCAGCAGAACAAAGGCUCCAUUGUGCUCAGAAGGGACCUGAUCCAGUUCACCCUGAAGGCAGCGGGAGUUUUUCCAUUGACUUCAGUGAACUUUGGAUCAGACCAUAUAAAGCUUUUUGGUAGAUUUACUCCAAAAGGGGCUGUUUUAAGUUUUGAAAGAAGCCAAAUUCAGUUUGGCACUUUGCCUGGAAUCACUUGAAUCCUGAAACUUUCCAAACGAGACUGACAUGCGUGAGUUGUCACAUUUUCCAUUGCUUUCUCCUUCAUCCUCCUACUUUGGUAUAGAUGUAUUUGUAUCUGUAAAAACCUGAUGUAUAUAAUUCCUAACGUUGAGUUGUAUAUAAUUGUCUCAUGUAUUUAAAGUUUAUUGUUUCUACUGGCACUAAUUUUUAUUUAAAUAAAGAAACACAUUUCCUGGAAAA